AUGUCUCCAGCCAAGUAUAGGAGCAGCCACGGGGAACAAGUCUUUGAGGUUCGUGCACUGACUUCAUCAAAUACGCCUCCAUCAGAGCUAAAACAAUCACCAAGGGUGAGAUGGCUCAAGGGGUUAGAGCGCAAAUUUACUGACAGGAAGGUCCGUGGUUCGAAUCCGAUCUCUGCAUCUCGACUUGCCCUGUCUAGGCCUGAGCAAUCUGGCGAAACAGCGGUGGUAAUGAAGUUAGAACAUGAAGACAUUCUUGAAUACCAUCCAGAGAAGAUCGAGAGGCUAGGCACCGAAUGA